UAAUCAUUACUCUUUACAGAGAGAAGAGAAGAGAAAACAGUGCAAGAAAAAAUGGAAACUUUUUCUCAUCUAUCAUCAACAAGAUCCAGGUCGUAUGAAAGCUUUUUCAAUGAUGGGGUUGAGCCAAUACCAGAGGUAGUAGUAGAAGAAGAAGAAGAUCGAAUGGAGGAAAUUUCUUGGAACACCAACACCCCACAAAGUGGCUGGUUCAAGAGUAUUGAGGAGCCAUGGCUUAGUACUAGAUCCCAAAAGAAGAAAAAUCAAGUCUUUCUUGAAGGGUAUGUAGAAAAUUCAGAUGAAGAUGAACUAGGGAGGACAAAGAGUUUGACUGAUGAUGAUUUGGAGGAGCUUAAGGGGUGUUUGGAUCUUGGUUUUGGGUUCAGUUAUGAUGAAAUUCCUGAGCUUUGUAACACUUUACCUGCUCUUGAACUUUGCUAUUCUAUGAGCCAAAAGUAUCUUGAUGAACAGCAAAAGUGUUCAGAUGCUAUGUCUGAUACAGGUUCUUCAGGAUCUGGUCAUGUUGCUAAUUGGAAGAUCUCAAGUCCUGGUGAUGAUCCUGAAGAUGUCAAAGCAAGGCUGAAAUACUGGGCUCAAGCUGUUGCCUGCACCGUUAAGUUGUGUAAUUAGAAGUGAAGAAUGGAAGCCAAGAAAAAGCUUAAUGCAAAAAACAAAGAGAUGAGAAGGAAAUGAGAGACUUUUUAAGAGCACUUGUGCUCUGCCUGAUCCUGAAAGGCUUAUUGCCACAGGGCCAAGAAGUUCCCUCAUGCUUUACCUGAAGAUAGAUUCACAAAAGAAUCUUGUCCAUGAUGGGUAGGCAAAUUUAAUCCUCAAGUAGAAGAAUAUACAUGAAGAGGAAGGAGAUGUUUCAGGUCUAAGAUUAACCUACACAUGGAAUAAAUCUGACGUCCCAUAACCUGGUAUAACUUUGUGUAUCAUUGUUGCAUCAGUUUAGUCCAAAAUUGAAGUGAAAUUGUUGCAUAUAAUCAAAUCUCAUUUUUCUUCAUGUUUUAAUUUUGUUUUCUAAUGUAUUGCUGAGCAAAAUACUGUUCUUGGUUAGAUUACAAAUCACAUUUAUUCCUUGUUAUA